AUGGCCAACGCCAUUGCUACAGGAUCCUCAAUCGGUGAAUCGACAAAAUUCAGCACGCCUCCACUAAAUCAGCUGCUCAACCAGAUAACCAACACCAAAUUAGAAAGAGGCUAUUUCAUGUUAUGGAAGACGUUAGCUCUUCCAAUCUUAAGAGGAUACAAACUCGAAAGGCACCUAUCUGGAACUAAGAUUUGCUCUCCAAUGUUCACCGUCUCUACUAUACCCAGUAUUGAAACUGGUGAUUUUGGCUCUCAAGCAUCAGGAGGAGCGUCGAGCGCAACUGGUGAAAGGACUUUCAACCCAUUAUAUGAAGUGUGGGUUACUGCUGACCAGCUCUUGUUGGGUUGGCCAUACAACUCAAUGACUCCCGAAGUUGCAGUGCAACUAAUGGGACAUGAAAGUGCUAAAAGUCUGUGGGAUGCUAUUCACUCUCUAUUUGGAGUUCAGUCAAGAGCUGAAAAAGACUAUUUGCGUCAAGUCUUUCAACAAACUGUAACGAUAGCCUUCAAUGUCUGA